AUGCUUCUGAACCUCAAUGUUUCCCUCCUGCCCGCCACAGGCAUACUGUGUGCCCUCGUCUGCAUCGUUGUCAAGCUCUUCGAGACCUCCCCGGUGCCCAAGGACAUCCCCUGGGUGCUGAAGAAACAGAACUUCCUCCGCCGCGCCGCUGAGCGCUUCAUUGGUGUCAACCCCAUCAGCUUCAUCCAAGAGGGAUAUGAAAAGUACUCCAAGAACCAGCAGCCCUUUGUGAUGCCCAGCGUCAACGAGGGCGAUGAAGUUGUCCUGCCCAAAGAGCACUCAAACCUGGUUCUCUUCGCCAAAGAGUCCGAGUACAGCUUCAAGGCACACAUCCUCGAGUUCUUCCAGCUCAAAUACACCAGCUGGCCCCUCGCCUUCUCUGAAAAAUACGACUUCUUCGUCAAGCUCGUCAGCAAAGACCUCACCGAGACCCUCAAGUCCGAUGCCAUUGCAGAGGCCCUCGCCCAGGAGGCGCGUGCCUGUCUCUCUGAUAUCUGGGGCGAGGACCACGAGAACUGGACGGACGUCUCGCUGUACUCUGCCAUGGAAAAGACUGCUGCCCGCAUGAUCAAUGUCCUCGCCAUUGGGCCUGGCAAGAGUGAUGAUACCAGCCUGCUCAACGCCAUGACAAACUGCUCCAAUGCUAUUGUCUUCGGGGCCAACGUAAUCAAGGCCUUUCCCUCAUUCCUGCAUUGCAUCAUCGGCCCCGUUGUCGGCCUCGUCAAUCGAUGGCAGGAACAGGUCUUCCAUGCUCGCAUGAAGCCUCUCAUCGAGGCCAAGAUCAAGGAGCAGAAAGAGACCUUUGACCCGGCGGCCCUGCAGGAGAACCUCAAAACAAAGGGCAGUCUCCUGGACAUGCUCAUCAACACUGGCCUCAAGAGCAAGUGGCCCGUCGAGGUCGAGACGAUGUGGCUGGCCUACAGAAUCUUCAUGAUCAACUUCCCCGGCGUCCACACCAGCGGUAUCUCUGCCACCAGCGCGCUGCUUGACAUCCUCAGUUACCCCAGUGAAGAGGGCCUGAUUGAAAUGCUGCAAGAGGAGAUCCAGAGCAUCUCCGCCGCCACCAGUGGGAAAUGGACCGCGGCUGAGCUGGAGCAGGCUACACUGCUGGACAGCGCUAUCAAGGAGAGCCUGCGAUUCAACGGCAUCAACGCCCUCUCCCCUACCAGGACAGUUGUUGCACCAAAUGGCGCCACCCUCCCCAACGGUCUUUUCCUCCCUUACGGCACCAAGAUCGGAAUCCCCCAAUACGCCGUCCACCGCGACAGCGACCUCUACUCUAACCCCGACGAAUACAAUCCCUACCGCUUCUACAAACCCGACGCAACCUCUACCGAACGCCGCGAGAACUCGAUGACCAACACGAGUGAAUCAUACGUGGUCUUCGGCCACGGCCGCCGCCAGUGUCCCGGCCGCUGGAUCUUCGCCCACAUCUUCAAGGUGCUCAUUGCCGAGAUGCUUCUCAACUAUGAGAUCAAGCCGUUUGCCACACGGCCCAAGAUCCACAGAUGGGGACGCUUCCAACUACCGCCCCUGGCGACGAAACUGACUGUGCGACGACGUAAACACGCUCCUGUCACGGCGCUCUGA